CCGCCCGCGCCCGCCUGGCUCGCCGGCACCUGGCACGUCACGCACAGCACGCUGCCCAUGUGGCGCAGCAAGCGCAACGUGCGCAUCACGUACACGCCAUUACCCGAGACCUCGCCCCCGCAGCUGGACGACCUCGUCGAGUACCAGCCGCAGCACAGCGCGCACGUGAAGACGGUGCGCGGCGUCGACAAGCCGGCUGCUGACGGCGCGGGCUGGGCCUGGGACUGGCGUGGUAGGGGCUGGCUUGUUGUUGCUACGAGUCGCUGGGAGGUGCUGGGGUUCGGGGACGAGGCUGUUGAUAGUGCUGGUGUUGCUGAUGCUGCUGUUGAUGGGAAUAGCUGGGCGGUCACGUAUUUUGCGAAAACGCUGUUUACGCCCGCCGGUAUCGACGUCUAUAGUCGGAGGCCGGGAGGCGUGCGGCCGGACACACUGCACCAGAUUAAGACGCAGUUGGCGGGGUUUGAGGACGAGGGGAUGCAGAGGCUGGCGCGCGAACUGUUUGAGGUGCAGGGAGAU